AUGGACAUCAAUUCCAUCGUAUUACAAACGUCUAGAAUGGAAGGGAAUCCUCCUACGCCUCCUACUCAGCCCCGGAAACGUCGCAGGCCAGCCUUAUCCUGUAUACAAUGUCGACGUCGGAAGAUAAAAUGUGAUCGAAACAUGCCAUGUGGUCAAUGCAUCUCGUCAAAGACAUCAGCAUGCCAAUAUAGCUCCGAUCCAGCUCCACAGUCUAAAAGAUCCCGGGUCAAUGGGAAUGGCCAAUACCCUGUUACACCUUCAACCGUAGGUCACAGUCCCGGAAGUACCACCCAUACAUCACCAAACUGCAAUGGUGGUACAGAUAACGCAACCAAUGGUUUCCCACCAAAUUCUACAAGCUUCUGGGCCGAAAGAACCCCUAUCGUUGAAGGGUCACUUCCACUUCGUGGACAGACCAUUGUACCACAUCAAACCCCACCGGAUCCAACUGUACAAGCUCUCCUAGACAGAGUACAUAAGUUAGAACAGAUAAUUUCUGAAACUGAUGCUAUGAAUGACGGCCCAAAUUUACUUAGCGAUUCAUACGUCAGAGGCCCUAGCUUAAGGGGAAGUCUUUCCAAAACAAGAUUCUUUGGGCAAAGUCAUUGGAUGAAUUCAAUUGAUCAGUCUAAACAUCUGACCAAACUAAAAGAGCUUGGGCCGUUAAGUAAGGGAGGGGAAGUUUUCGAUCUAUUGAACAAAUGCAAGGCAUUGGGUAAGAAGGCAAAAGAAUUUAGAAGUGCGAAAUCAUCUGUACCAAGUGGAUACCGCGAUUUUGUCCCCGAGAAGGAGAUAUCCGAUCGUCUCGUCAACGCAUAUUUUCGAACUUUUGAAUCCGUCUAUCGUAUAUUACAUAUUCCAACGUUUGAAGAGGAAUAUGCAUCUUAUUGGAAGGAUCCGGCGGCAUCGGAUAUGGCUUUCGUCAUGAAAUUGCUACUCGUGAUGGCCAUCGGAACAUGCUUUUACGAAGAUCCUUUACAGUCCAGUUCUUUACAUCCCCAAGCUGAACAUUGGAUUGCUGCGGCUCAAGCUUGGGUGUCAGCACCAUCCGAAAAGCAUCGUCUUAACAUUGUAGGUCUGCAAAUUCAUUGUCUACUUCUUAUAGCUCGUCAAGUAAAAUCCGUUGGGGGGGAUCUUACAUGGAUUUCUGCUGGUUCUGUCUAUCAUUUGGCCAUGUCUUUGGGUCUCCAUCGUGAUCCGAUACACUUUCCCAAGAUGGGGCCCUAUCAUGCAGAGAUGCGAAGGCGACUUUGGGCGACAGUGUUGGAACUUUCUUUACAGUCAAGUCAAGAUCUUGGAAUGACACCUUUAAUCAACACACAAGAUUAUGAUACGGAGCUACCAGCGAAUAUCGAUGAUUCCGAAAUUAGUGAAACGACCAAAAAAGCACCAAUGUCAAAACCAGUAACGACAUUUACUCGAACUUCAAUUCAAAGAUCGCUUAUGAGGACCUUCUGUACGAGGCUCGAAAUAGCAAAUGCCGUCAAUAGCUUCAGAAAUGAGAUUUCGUACGAAGAUACAUUGCGUCUAGGAUCUACGCUCUCAGCAGCAAGUCGUUCUAGCUCUGGGUUACUACAGUCAUUCCUUAGAUCCAAUUAUGAACCAAAGCCAAACCCUUUCCAAGUUAAGUUGCAUGACUUCUACACGACCCAUUUCCUCUUAGCCUUGCACAGGCCUUAUGCAAUUAAAGCCAAAGUCAAUCCAACCUAUUAUUUCUCUCGAAAGGUCUGCCUCGAAACCUCUUUAUCUCUACUUGGGCCAGCAAUAUUACUUCCGGAGCAACUAAGCUCAUCCCAGCCUGAUGAUUGGACCCUGCUUACCUGGACCGCAUCUGGUAUCACGAAGGGGACUUACAUACAUGCACAUAUAGGUCUAGGCCUGGAACUAAACCAACAACUUGAAGAGGACCCUCCACUAUCUUUAUCAAUCAACCCACCUCCUCCUCAACAGGUAGAGCUUCUACGUGUACUCCGUGGUGGGCGCGAUUGGGCCUCCAAUCGAAUAAUGAGAGGUGAUACCAAUAUCAAAGGACAUGUGUUUAUAUCUUGUCUUUGUGGUCAGAUUGAAGCUCUUCAGAAAGCUGCUCCUGCUGAUGAGGGAAUCAUAAUCGAGGCUCGGAAGAGUGUAGAUCAUUGCUUACAAUUAAUGAUGAACAAAUACAAAGGGCAAGAAACACAGAUAAGUGCAGAAGCGAAUCGUAGUCUAUCGAUGAAUUCCGGUCUUAACGGUGUCGCUUGGGAUGCAAUGAUGCAAGGUCCAGAUGUCGACUUCGAAUUGCCAGGAGAAUGGGUCUUCUCUGGAUGGGAGGAUGGUAAUUUCUUGAUUUGA